GCUUCAUCAAGAGAUAUCCCCAACAUUACUACAACACCAGCGCAUACCCAAUUUCUUAACCUUUUGUUGUCGAAGUGCAGUUUCUGCAUAUCACCUGAUCGCUACACAUACUUCAUCCGCCGCAAUGGACGUCAAAGAGCCCCUACUACCGUCCGACCCCCCACCCUCAUACGAAGAUGCACGAAAGUCACCAAUUCCACAAAACAAAUCGGGAUCAGGCGCACCAUUAACGAAGAGACCGCCCCCAGGACCACCUCCGCCACUCAGCCUGCCAGCGCUGAAUGAAUUGAGAGGAUCGAGAGUUGUGCUCGCGAGUGCGUCACCGCGGAGAAGACAGCUUCUCGCACAGAUCGGCCUCACAAAAAUCGACGUAGUCCCAUCUAAAUUUGCCGAAAACCUGGACCAUUCACUCGGCGCGCUGAACUACGUCCUCGAAACCGCGUCGGCCAAAGCGCAUGACGUAUACAAGACCGAGAUCAACAAUCGCGAGCGCGGCGAACCCGCCAUAGUCAUCGCUGCCGACACGAUCGUAGUAUCGUACGCUGGGCGAAUACUGGAGAAGCCAAAGAGCGAGGCGGACCAUAUAGCAACGCUGAAGAUGCUGAGAGAUGAGGGCGAGCACAAGGUCAUGACGGCUGUUGCCGUGAUGAAGCCAUUGGAGUCUGCGGUAGACCCGGGCUAUGCUAUGGAGACACAUGUAGAGGAGACGACGGUGAAGUUUGAUCCUACUGUUACCGACGAACUCAUUCUCGCAUACGUCAGAACGCGCGACGGCAACGAUAAAGCAGGCGGCUACGGUAUACAGACAGCUGGCGCAUGCCUCAUCGAGCGUAUAGAAGGAUCAUAUGAUAAUGUGGUUGGUUUGCCGUUACGGCAGACGCUGAAGCUGAUAGAGAAGGUCAUGGAGCCUGAGGAAGAAGAGGGGGACUUCUUUGUGGAUAGCAGAGAGGAAGAAGAGGAGGAGGAGUAGAGCCCCCCGGUAUUCCAGGACAGCGAUAGUGCCUGGCAUGCGUAUUCAUCUCCACCUGGGCAUAGACGACGGAAGAAAGCAUGGGAUCGCAUAAGAAGGGUAACUUUCUUGGUUUGCACGGAAUAGAGGCCAUGAUAAAUGUUUGAGGUUGAUACAUGUCAGAUAGCUCUAUGGAGCAAUUGACUGU